GUAAACUUUCAGCGGACCGUGAGGGAGGAAAAAAAAAAUCUCUCUUUGUGGUGAGGGGCUCCUGGGUGGUCACGGAACCGGGCGCUGUGCAUUAGGAAAGGGAAUUGAAGAUGCGGAACAUGAUUUGCCUGUGGUCACAGCUGAAAAUUUGUGGUGCCUGUAUUAAAACCAGGUCUCUGAAGAAAGAUGAACUUGGCUGAGAUUUGUGACAAUGCAAAGAAAGGAAGAGAAUAUGCACUUCUUGGAAAUUAUGACUCUUCAAUGGUGUAUUACCAAGGGGUGAUCCAGCAGAUUCAGAGACAUUGCCAGUCAGUCAGAGACCCGGCUAUCAAAGGCAAAUGGCAACAGGUUCGGCAAGAAUUAUUGGAAGAAUAUGAACAAGUUAAAAGUAUUGUCAACACUUUGGAAAGUUUUAAAAUGGACAAGCCCCCAGAUUUUCCUGUGUCCUGUCAAGAAGAACCAUUUAGAGAUCCUGCUGUUUGGCCACCGCCUGUACCUGCGGAGCACAGAGUUCCACCUCAGAUAAGGCGUCCCAAUCGAGAAGUAAAACCUCUGAGGAAAGAAAUGCCAGGAGCAGGAGCCCGGGGACCUGUAGGCCGAGCACAUCCCAUAUCGAAGAAUGAGAAACCCUCCACAAGUAGGGACAAGGAUUGUAAAGCAAGAGGGAGAGAUGAAAAGGGAAGGAAAAAUACACAAGAUGGUAUGAGCGAUGGUGAAAUUCCAAAAUUUGAUGGUGCUGGAUAUGAUAAGGAUCUGGUGGAAGCCCUUGAGAGAGACAUUGUGUCCAGGAAUCCUAGCAUUCAUUGGGAUGAUAUAGCAGAUCUAGAAGAAGCUAAGAAGUUGCUAAGGGAAGCUGUUGUUCUUCCAAUGUGGAUGCCUGAUUUCUUCAAAGGGAUUAGAAGGCCAUGGAAGGGUGUGCUGAUGGUUGGACCCCCAGGCACUGGAAAGACCAUGCUAGCUAAAGCUGUUGCCACUGAAUGUGGCACAACAUUCUUCAACGUUUCCUCUUCUACACUGACAUCCAAGUAUAGAGGUGAAUCUGAGAAGUUAGUCCGUCUGUUGUUUGAAAUGGCUAGAUUUUACGCCCCAACCACAAUCUUCAUUGAUGAGAUAGAUUCUAUCUGCAGUCGAAGAGGGACCUCAGAUGAGCAUGAAGCAAGUCGCAGAGUCAAGUCUGAGCUGCUCAUUCAGAUGGAUGGAGUUGGAGGAGCUUUAGAGAAUGAUGAUCCUUCCAAAAUGGUUAUGGUAUUGGCAGCUACUAAUUUCCCAUGGGAUAUUGACGAAGCUCUUAGAAGGAGAUUAGAAAAAAGGAUUUAUAUACCUCUCCCAACAGCAAAAGGAAGAACCGAGCUUCUAAAGAUCAAUCUUCGUGAGGUUGAAUUGGAUCCUGAUAUUCAACUGGAAGACAUAGCAGAGAAGAUUGAGGGCUAUUCUGGUGCUGAUAUAACUAAUGUUUGCAGGGAUGCAUCCUUAAUGGCAAUGAGACGGCGCAUCAAUGGCUUAAGUCCAGAAGAAAUCCGUGCACUUUCUAAGGAAGAGCUUCAGAUGCCUGUUACCAAUGGAGACUUUGAGUUGGCUCUUAAGAAAAUUGCAAAGUCUGUCUCUGCUGCAGACUUGGAGAAGUAUGAGAAAUGGAUGGUUGAAUUUGGAUCUGCUUGAAUUUUUGUCAGCUCUCUCAUUCUGGUAUUUUUAUUUAUAAAAUGUGAAGAAAUUCAUGCAUUUAAAAAAUAGGUUUGGAAACUUUUCAUUGGAGAGAUUUUCACUUAAAGGCAAACAAUCUAAAACUACAGAGUGUAAAUGUAGUUGGAAAAUAAGAGAAGCUUACGUAGAAAACCUGAUGGUCCCUGUCACCCGACUGUGUGCAUUAAUAUUGCAGUCCCAAACCAGGAUGCCAGGACAGUGGAGGAAAGGGAUAAGUAUGCUAUUGUGAAAGCUCGUUUACAAAAGAUUUAGAAGGACCUCUCUUUCUCACAUGCAUUUGUUGUCUUUUGCUUUUUGUGUUUUUCUAUUCUUUUCUCUAAACAUGAGGGCUCUACACAUGUUGACUUUUAACAUCAAAACUGAGGUUGUAUCAGAUUGAUUAUUCAUUAAGAACGAUAGUUGUGGAUUAGAUAAUGAAUUUACUAGUUAAACCUCUAGAAUUCAGCUCUUUACUGUUAGAGUCUAUUAUAAGGUUUGAAUUUUUACCCUUCCUCCCCCCACCAUUUCUUCUAUUAUUAGCCUUUAAUCUUUUAUUAAGUGCUGGGUGAGAAGAUCCUCAUGCUUUGGUGAUUUUUGAGUCAUUUUGCCAGGUCAUUUCUCCAGUUGUUAGUAUUUUUGCUGGUACUUCUCAUAUUUCACAUUGGAAGGGUGGGAAGAAUAUUAUGGUGCACUGCACUUCUUCACUCUAGACCUCUGGGUUUGUUUUCACUUUUCUUUCAAUGCAGUCAAACAGAUAAACCCAUUAUUUUUUCCAGCUCCAACAUUGUUUGAUUUGUGUUGAAUUUGACUUUUAUAUUCUAAGUAAAUACUUUUGUAUUGUGAACAAGUCUACUCUCUUGUGACUAAUGCAAAGCAAAUAAAACCAAAUUGAUAGUUUUCCAGACAGCUUGUUUAACAGAAUAGCAUUGUACACAAUGAGUGAUGUUCAUCUGAAAAUUUUUUUGAUUGUGCUUUGUCAAGGUUGAGAACUUGGGCACAAAAUAAAAAGAUUAGGAUAGAAAAAUGCCAUGCUUUAUCAGUUCAGUAGGAAUUAGACUGAACGAGGCCAGAAAAAAGUAGACAACCUACAUCUAAUCACAAAUGGAGUGAGUCCCGUGGUGUUUAAAAUUACAUUUAUCCUAUUUUGAUUGGGCAGCCUAUGCUUUAAUGGCCAAGCUUUUAAACUUUUUAUUUGAUCAUAUCCUGACUUUUCAAUUUUGGAGAGUACCUACUGGUUUAAACAAACAAACCCAUGACUCUUUAGAUACUUUAUAAAAAACCUUUUAGUAUCUUGGGAAUUUUUUUUCCCUACUAAGAACUAUGUAAUUUACAGAUAACUUAAAUCUGACUAAACUCCAGUAUUCAUCUACUGCUAUA